CAGUCGCGUUUCACCGAGAAGCGUUAGUAGUUCACAUUUACGUAUUUAUUGCGCCGCAAUCAGCAAAAUGACUGGAAUUUUUGCACAAACAUCUCCCGGUGCGCUGGGACCACCGUCGGAAAAGCGGCCCACCGAAGACCACGUGUUUGAUGUGCCGGUUCUUAACACGAUAGAGGAAAACCCCGCUCAAGGUUGCCGUUUGCGAGCGGUCUACAACAACCUCCGGAACAUGGACCGAGCCGAGGCCCGGAACCGCUUGCGUUUGUUGCAAUUGUUGUUGACCAUUUUGGCGUUGGCGUUCAUUCGACCGCAGUACCGUGACGUCGUCCAGUGGAUCACUUUAUUCGUGCUUUGCCACUCAUUUGUCAUUUCGUUUGUGCUGUUUUGGGACCGACGGCUCUGCGGCACAAUCCUCCGGAAUCAGCUGCCGUUGCUGGAUUGGCGUCGGAUUGAACUGCAGUACACGUGUGUCGUGACGCUCGUCCUGUACGGCUUUUUCUGGGGGUUCGCGCUUUCCGACAAGGGCUACUAUUACUACUCCGCCAACUGGUGCAACAUCGUGUCGGUGGUGUUUACGGCACUGACGACUCUGGCGUACGCCGCGGAAUCUUGGGUACAGCUGCGGGUUGCCUACGAUGGACGUUCAGCCAGUGGACAUUAGGAAGAGCGUUAAGUGUCUUUCCGUUUCCGGGAUUUUCCCGUCAGCGAUCGAUCAUGGAAAAUGGUUUGUUUAUGUUGUGUUGUUAUGCCGGUUGACGGAUGCGGGAAAGCCUUUGCAACGAACCACCGGUUCACGAUUGAAAGCUUACGUGCUGGCACUUUACCGCCAUCUUGCGGUAAAUUUGUGCUUUUUGUCGGUGUCCUUACUAUUCUAUGUACGUGAACAUGCAUGCACAUUAUAUAUUAUUAUAUCAACUACAAAAUUUUUCAACGUUUGUGCUGAUUUCGUGUUGCAUGAUGUUAAAGUAAAAUGAAAUAUACCUUUCUACCUAU